AUGAAUAAUCAACAACUGAUGCUUGCUUUGGAAAUGCUAGAACUAGACAUUGACAUUUCACAAAAUGCCAGGGCAAUGAUUCAGGCCAUCCAAGACCAGAGACGUGAUCGAAGGCAGCGGAGAUGGUGGACGAGAGAUUGGCUUCUCCGAAGACCUAUCCAUGGCCAGUAUGAAGCCUUAAUGUCCGAGAUGUAUGCAGAAGAUCCAUCUGUAUAUAGGAAUUUUGUACGAGUGGACCCUCUUAUGUUUCAAGAACUGUUACACAUGGUUACUCCAAAGAUUAACAAGCGCAACACUUGGUACAGGAAAUCUAUUGACCCUGGUUUGAGACUAGCAAUUACUCUGAGGUACCUAGCUACGGGGGACAGCUACCACACACUGAUGUAUGGUUUCAGAGUUGCCCACAAUACAAUCUGUGGUAUAGUAAGAGAGGUAUGCGAGGCCAUAGUGUCUGUUUAUUCAGAAGACGUUCUCUUGACACCCACGGAACCUGAACAGUGGAAAGCUAUAGCAGAACAGUUUGAGGCUAAGUGGCAGUUCCCCCACACACUAGGUGCUCUCGACGGAAAACAUGUACCCAUUAGGUGUCCAAAAAAUGGAGGAUCGUUGUAUUAUAACUAUAAAGGUUACCACUAUAUUGUACUGAUGGCUCUAGUUGUCGCUGACUACAAGUUCCGAUGGGUUAAUAUUGGCGCUCAAGGUGGAUUUUCGGACGCCCAGAUUUGGAACCAGAGUGAUCUUAAACAAGCGAUUGAAAGAGUAUUAAUAGGACUGCCAACAGCGACCCCUUUUCCCGGUGAUGAUAAACCCAUUGGCUACUAUAUUAUCGCAGAUGAUGCUUUUGGUAUGAGGACCUGGCUUAUGAAACCUUUCUCUAGACGAGGUCUUUCUUAUGACGAGAGGAUUUUCACUAUCGGUUAUCUAGAAGUAGAAGAGUUGUUGAAAAUGCGUUUGGUAUUCUAG